UAGCAAUGGAGGACCCAAGGGCGUGUGCCAAGGCAACUUAUUCAGACGGUCAUUCUCCGUCGAAGAGCCUUUGCGGAAGGAUGCUGGAGGGGAUGAAGCGCGUCCUCCGCAAGCUAGUGUCUGCGAAGAUCCGGGAAUGGAUAAACGACUACUGCAAACAGAAUGGCCUGCUGACUCUCUCAGUCCUUGCUGUAAUUUCUGGAUGUCUCAUUGGAUACACGCUGAGGAGUCUCAAUUUGUCCUCUCAGGCAAAGAUCUACUUCUCCUUUCCGGGAGAACUCCUGAUGAGAAUGCUCAAGAUGCUUAUUCUUCCUCUGAUCACAUCCAGUCUUAUGUCCGGUCUGGCAUCCAUGGACACCAAGGCCAGUGGGCGCAUGGGACUUCUCACCAUAACAUACUAUUUGUGGACUACCUUCAUUGCUGUGAUAGUGGGGAUUGUGCUGGUUCUCAUUAUACACCCUGGUAAUGGCACAGAGAAAGAGGGACACACUGGAUCCAGCGGGCCUGUGAUGACCUCAGCUGACGCUCUCCUCGACCUCAUCAGGAAUAUGAUUCCCUCAAAUCUGAUUGAAGCAACAUUUCAGCAGUACAAGACAGAGCUGGUGCCUUUGGUCAAAAGCUCAACAAAGGAGUCCCAGGCCAACUAUGUUUACAUCAUGCCAGACUAUGACAACCCCAAGAUGGGUCACCCCGUGUUCCUGGAGAUCACCCCGGCACCGGAGGUCAAGUACAAGGUGAUUCCGGGGAGCAGCAAACAGAUGAACGUGCUCGGAAUCGUCAUCUUCUCUGCCACCAUGGGUCUCCUGCUAGGGAAACUGGGAGAGAGGGGGUUGCCCCUGGUAAACUUGUGCCAGUGCAUCAAUGAGUGUGUCAUGAAGAUCAUCAAUGCAGCCAUGUGGUACUUCCCCUUUGGCAUCAUCUUCCUGGUGGCUGGAAAGAUCCUUGACAUGCAUGACCCCGUCCACCUGGCUGAGAAGCUGGGCAUGUAUUUCAUCACGGUGUUGUUGGGCCUGUUUGUGCACGGCGUCAUCCUACUUCCUCUCUUCUUCUUCAUCCUCACCAAGAAGAACCCCUUCAGCUACAUCCGGGGCCUCCUGCAGGCGCUGGUCAUCGCUCUGGCAACAUCAUCCAGCUCAGCGACUCUUCCCAUCACUAUGAAGUGCUUGCUGGAGAACUGCCACGUGGAUCGUCAGAUCGCUCGAUUUGUGUUACCUGUCGGCGCCACCAUUAACAUGGACGGCACAGCACUCUAUGAGGCCGUGGCUGCCAUCUUUAUUGCUCAAGUCAACGAUUAUGAGUUGGACUUCGGACAACUCGUCACCAUCAGCAUAACAGCAACAGCUGCAAGCAUCGGUGCUGCAGGGAUCCCCCAGGCCGGCCUGGUCACCAUGGUCAUUGUCCUGACCUCGGUGGGCCUUCCACCGGAUGACAUUACACUUAUUGUGGCCAUUGAUUGGAUCCUAGAUCGCUUCCGGACCAUGAUCAAUGUCCUUGGAGAUGCCUUGGCAGCAGGCAUUAUGGCCCAUCUAUGCCGAAAAGACUUCCCAAAGAAAAGCGAAAGGCGUGACACCGUGAUAUCCUACGGGACUCAGAGUGUCCAGAGUGUGCCCUUAUCUGAGAUCCCGCUGAUAACCAACAGGGACUAUAUCUUCGAAGUGGCUGGAGACACUGUGACGGAAAGACCUCCUACCCUCUAUAAUCUCUGCCAGGUGUAAUCUCUGUACAGCUAGCACCAUACAGUUGCUGCCUUGAACACACAAAAAACCUUCCGAAUUUUUUCUUCAUAUAACUGUGCCAUGAAGAAAUUAUUCUUGUUUUUCUUUUUUACUAUACAGUUGUUUUUGUUAUAAGGAUUAUUAUUAUCCUCCAAUGAUAGCCUUUUGACAUAUUUGUUUAGGCUUUUUUUUACAAGGAAGUAGAUGUGCAGUUCACAUUUUAAGAAAUGCCUUACAAAUCAAUGUCAACUCAAUGCACUUGGCUGCAAAGCUUGAUAUCUGAUGAGUUUAGUAUGCAUGAGGUUGAUCGGAAGCAGAAAGGAUGUUAACUCUACAACUACUGUGUGUUCCUUGUCAUGACCCGUGUGUAGAAACCACACAAUCAUUUCAAAAAGUAGAACUGGACUGUUAAGAACAAUUUUGUGGUAGUUAAUUGUAUCAGUAGUUGUAAUUAUUGGUAGUUUCACGAUAUGUAAUCUAUUACUACCAAUCUGGUUAACAUUACUCAUUCACUUACAAGUGUAUUGCAGCACUACCUAUUUUCGCACUUCAGAUGUUGCAUACUUGCACUUUGCUUUUUGUAAUGAAAUAAAAGACAAGUUGUUGUACGUCACUGUCAGUAUGAUUCAUGGAAAUGUGUACAUGUACAAGGUGUGGUAUCCAUGCCAUUUCGGAGUCAGUGAUGUUGACAUCACAUUUACUGGUAUCAUAAAGGAAAGCUGAAAGGUC